AUGGCCAGCUCCUCUUCCGCCUCCGGCUCCGGCUCCUACAACACCACGGACAACCUCCUCUUUCCCCCACCUCCGCCUUCCGUCAUCACCGCCCCUCAAACCCUCCCCGACGCCUCUCUCGAGCCAUCCUCAAUCCAAUCCAUCAUCGCCAGCCUCUCCCUUACUGCCUUUGUCGAGGGCGGUUACAUGGCCGAAACCGAUCGGAACCCGCUCAAGAUUCCCUCUCCUUUUCCUCUGUAUCCUGCCACCACCUUUUCUUGUUCCGAUCCUAACCAGGGUUCUUCAACGGAUAAUUUUGAUCCAAGCUCCUACUACCGCCCCGGGUUUGACCCAAAGCUGAGGAAUGCUUCAACAACCAUUUACUACCUCCUAACUGGAGCCAAUGGUGGUGGUGGACAAGGUGGAUCGCCAAAGGGAUAUCUACACCGGAACAGGGGACGGAUCAUUCACACGCUGCAUCGCGGGAGUGGUAGGUACGUGAUCUUGCACGCGGAUGAAAAGCCGUGUAGGGUGGAGAGUUUUGUGGUGGGGAAGAAUGUGGAAAAAGGAGAGAGGGUGCAGUGGAUUGUGGAGGGGGGGAAGUAUAAGGGGACUUUUGUUUUGCCUCUAGAGGAUGAGGACGAAGACAAAGGGGAUGACGAGGAGAUGAUUUUCAUUUCGGAGACGACGGUGCCGGGAUGGGAGGUCUUUGAUCAUGAUUUUUUGGAUCGGAAGGGGUUGGAGAUGUUGAUGGAGGGGGAUGAGGAGAAGAUUAGGCAGUUGGAGUGGCUGGUUAAGGAGGAGCAGUGAGGAGUGCGGAGUGAGUUUUGGGCGAAGAUGGGGAGAGUGUUGGGUGGGCAGACAGACUUUUGGAUAAUUGAAGUUGGAAGAGAGUCGUCUUUGUCUCAGAGUCACUCGUGUUGAAUGAAGCCACGGGAAUUGAUGGAUGGCAGCGGUUAACAAAUCCGUUGUGA